ACCGGCGGGCGUGAGACGCGAACCUACGCUGAGAUCACCGUAGCUGUUGCAGCUGGGGUGGCCUCAAACCGUCACGACACCGAAGCCUUAGAACGGUACAACAAAGCUGUAGACGAAUAUUGUGUCUUGGCUGAGUCCAAUAUCACCAUCUUUGCGGAUGGAUGUAGAGUCUCAAGCACGCCUAAGAUCAUCAAUACGUAUGUGGGCCAUGGGGCUGUGAUUGACGGCGCCACAUGGAUUGAGAACACAACCUUGCUGUCGGAACCAGAUGAGCACUGCACUGUGUCGGCCGGAGCUGUGGUGAAACAUUCGAUUCUUCAGUGGGGCAGUGAGGUCGAUACCUUCGGACUAUCCCAGAACAGCGUGUUGUGCGAGCACAGCCACGUAGAGCGCCACGGCAUGUUGAGUGACUCGUUAUUAGGUCCCAACAGUGGGGUUGCUGAGGGUGAGAUCACCGCGUCUCUGUGUGGGCCGUUUGUGGGCUUCCAUCAUCAGUCGUUGCUCAUUGCGGCGUUCUGGCCCGAGGGCAAGGGCAAUGUGGGCUAUGGUGCGAAUGUAGGGUCGAAUCACACGUCCAAGGUAGGUCGGUGCAUGCACAUUGUAAUGAAUGCGACGUUAGCGGAUAUCACGAACCUUGUGGGUAGACUGACUAGGUGUAAUGGGCGUCGCACCAAUGUGUACAGGGUUUCAAUAGAGUGUGGACGUUGA